AUGGGCAAGGGCAAGGGCGCGCCCGAGCAGUGGGUCGCGGUGGUGAAAUCGGUCGCAUUCUCUUCGAAUGGAGGGGUCGACGCCGGUCGCCGCGGCGAUGCGUUGCCGCGGCCAGUUGCCCAUCAUACGAUGUUCGCACCCGGUCGGUGGGGCAGGCAUCAUGACGUCGAUUACGACUGCGCAGCUCGCGUGCCGGACCUCGAGCAGCGCGAGCGGGAGCUGGCCGAGCAACUGUUUCGUCUGCGACUCCAGAAGUCCAUGGGACAACAGGAGGCGGCCGACAAACUGCGUCAGACCCGGCGCGACCUGGCUCGGGUCAAGACGCUCCUGCGAGGGUACGUGCUCGGCACCGAAGCGCCGGCGAGCGCAUAG